UGCCGACCCCAUGCCCUAGCGCCGCUCGCCCCGGCCAUGUCCGCCGCUCAGCUCUACACCAAGUACACUAGAGUUUGGAUUCCUGACCCUGGAGAAGUCUGGAGAUCGGCAGAAAUUGUCAAGGAUUACAAAGAAGGAGAUAAAAGCCUCCAUCUGAAACUUGAAGAUGAAACUCUCUAUGAAUAUCCUCUUGGCCUCCAAGAUGAGCUGCCUUUGCUGCGCAAUCCAGAUAUCCUCGUGGGAGAGAAUGACCUGACAGCUCUGAGCUACCUACAUGAGCCUGCUGUGCUCCACAACCUCAAAGUCAGGUUCCUCGAGUCCAAUCACAUCUACACAUACUGUGGUAUUGUGCUUGUUGCCAUCAAUCCAUAUGAGCAGCUGCCAAUCUAUGAAGAAGAUGUCAUCUACGCAUACAGUGGCCAAAACAUGGGGGAUAUGGAUCCUCACAUCUUCGCAGUGGCAGAGGAGGCCUAUAAGAACAUGGCAAGGGAUGGGAAGAACCAGUCCAUCAUCGUGAGUGGUGAGUCGGGUGCUGGAAAGACAGUCUCUGCCAAAUAUGCCAUGCGCUUCUUUGCAACCGUCGGUGGCUCUGCCAGCGAGACCAACAUCGAAGCCAAGGUCCUUGCAUCAAACCCAAUUAUGGAGGCAAUUGGAAAUGCUAAAACAACAAAGAAUGACAACAGCAGUCGCUUUGGGAAAUACAUUCAGAUUGGCUUCGAUAAAAGAUACCACAUCAUUGGUGCCAAGAUGAGGAUGUAUCUGUUGGAGAAAUCACGAGUUGUAUUCCAGGCAGAGGACGAGCGCAACUAUCACAUCUUCUACCAGCUUUGUGCCUCUGCGAGUCUCCCAGAAUUCAAAGACCUUGGACUGACAUGUGCUGAGGAGUUUUUCUACACUUCUCAGGGAGGUGACCUGUCUCUCGAUGGUGUGGACGAUGCUAAUGAUUUGGAGAAAACCAGGCAUGCCUUCACCCUGCUCGGAGUCAAGGAGUCUCAUCAGAUGACCAUUUUUAGGAUAAUUGCUGCCAUUCUGCACCUAGGGAACUUGGAAUUCGAUGCAGAACGAGACAGCGAUGCCUGUAGUGUGUCGAGCGAGGACAAGCACUUGAAGAACUUCUGUGACUUGCUGGGGGUGGAGCACAGCCAGAUGCAGCACUGGCUUUGCCACCGCAAGCUUGUCACCAGCACCGAGACCUACAUAAAGAACAUGUCGGUGCAGCAAGUGGUGAACGCCAGGAACGCUCUGGCCAAGCACAUCUACGCCCAGCUCUUCACCUGGAUCGUGCACCGCAUCAACAAGGCCCUGCACACCACUGUCAAGCAGCACUCCUUCAUCGGCGUGCUCGAUAUCUACGGGUUUGAAACUUUUGAAGUGAAUAGCUUUGAACAGUUUUGUAUCAACUAUGCCAACGAGAAGCUCCAGCAGCAGUUCAACUGGCAUGUGUUUAAGCUGGAACAAGAAGAGUACAUGAAGGAAGGAAUCCCUUGGACUCUCAUAGACUUCUGUGAUAACCAGCCAUGCAUAGACCUUAUAGAAGCAAAACUUGGCAUCCUUGACCUGCUGGAUGAAGAGUGUAAGGUUCCCAAAGGCACUGACCAGAACUGGACACAGAAGCUGUAUGACUGGCAUGCCAGCAACCAACACUUUCAGAAGCCCCGUGUGUCAAACACCUCUUUCAUUGUCUUGCACUUUGCUGACAAGGUGGAAUACGACAGUAAUGGAUUUCUGGAGAAGAACAAGGACACCGUGUAUGAGGAGCACAUCAACAUCCUGAAAACCAGCAAGUGUCAAAUGGUAGCAGAUUUGUUCCAAGAUGAGAAGAGCCCUGAGGCCGCCGCUUCAGUGGGGAAGCCCAGAAUCAGCGUCCGUUCUGCCAGACCAGCGAUCAAAGCUGCCAACAAGGAGCACAAGAAGACGGUGGGACACCAGUUCCGCAACUCGUUGCAUUUACUGAUGGAGACUCUGAAUGCCACCACCCCUCACUACGUGCGCUGCAUCAAGCCAAACGACAUGAAGCUUCCCUUUACAUUCGAUCCGAAGAGAACAAUGCAGCAGCUGAGAGCCUGUGGAGUGCUGGAGACCAUCCGCAUCAGUGCAGCUGGCUUCCCAUCCAGAUGGUCCUACCACGACUUUGUCAGUAGAUAUCGUGUUCUUAUGAAGACGAGAGAUCUCUCUAAGAGUGAUAAAAAGCAGAUUUGUCAGACCCUGUUGGAAGACCUGAUUAAGGAUCCAGGCAAGUUCCAGCUUGGACGUACCAAGAUCUUUUUCCGUGCAGGCCAGGUGGCAUAUCUGGAGAAACUGCGAGCAGAUAAGUUCAGAGCUGCCACAAUCAUGAUUCAGAAGAUGGUGAGGGGUUGGCUGCAGAGAGUCAAGUACAAAAGGAUGAGACGAGCUGCAGUCGUCAUCCAGCGCUGCACGCGUGGGCACCUAGCACGGAGACUUGCUGAGCACCUGAGGAGGGUGAGAGCUGCCAUCAUCCUCCAGAAGCAGUACCGCAUGCUGCGCAUCCUCCGAGCUUUCCAGAGGGUCCGCAACGCCACCAUCACCAUCCAGGCUUUUGCUCGGGGCAUGUUUGUCAGGAGGAUUUAUCGCAAGAUGCUUGAGGAGCACAAGGCCACCAUCCUGCAGAAGUUUGCUCGUGGCUGGCUGGCGCGCACUCGCUUCCGCCGGGUCAGGGGUGCCACCAUCGUUCUGCAGUGCUACUACCGACGCAUGAAGGCCAGGCAGCAGCUGAAGGCACUGAAGAUCGAGGCUCGCUCAGUACAGCACCUGAAGAAGCUCAACGUUGGCAUGGAGAACAAGGUGGUCCAGCUGCAAAGGAAGCUCAAUGAGCAGAACAAGGAGUACAAACUUCUGAAUGAGCAGCUGUCUUCCCUCACCUCAGCCCACUCCUCUGAGGUGGAAAAGCUAAAGAAGGAACUGGUGCAGUAUCAGCAGAGCCAGCAGGGUGAUGGCAACCAGCUUGUCAUGUUGCAAGAAGAGAUGGAGCACCUCCGGCUGGAGCUUGAGAAAGUUCAAGGUGAGAAGAAGUCCAUGGAAGACAGCUAUGUGAAGGAGAAAGACCUCUUGACAAAGCGCAUAUCUGACUUGGAAGAAGAGAAUGCUCUCCUGAAGCAGGAAAAAGAGGAGCUUAACGACACAAUCCUGAGUCAAUCUCAAGGUGAAUCUACAAGAAACACAGUUGAGGAAAAUAUCCGAAUGAAGAAAGAGCUGGAGGAGGAGAGAUCUCGCUAUCAGAACCUGGUAGAAGAGUAUUCAAGGCUGGAGCAGGGAUACGACAAUUUGCGAGAUGAAAUUAGUGUUAUGAAGGAAACACCAGGGCACAGAAGAAGCCCAUCCAACCAGAGCAGUUUGGAGUCUGAUUCCAAUUAUCCAUCCAUCUCAGCCUCUGAGAUAGGAGAUACUGAGGAUGUCAUACAACAAGUGGAGGAGGCUGGGAUGGAGAAAGCUGCCUUGGACAUGACUGUCUUCCUAAAGCUACAGAAGCGAGUGAGGGAGCUCGAGCAGGAGAGGAAGAAGCUGCAAACCCAGCUGGAUAAAAAGGAGCAAGAAAGAAAGAAAUGCCAGGAAACUGAAAGGAAGACUGGAGUGACUUCAGACCAUGAAGAUUUUGCAUACAACAGCCUGAAGAGGCAAGAGCUGGAGUCGGAGAACAAGAAGCUGAAAAAUGAACUUAAUGAACUGAGGAAGGCUAUUGCAGAUGGAGCAACCCAGAACAACUCAUCCAAUGAUAUCCCAGACAGUUAUAACCUCUUACUGAAUCAACUGAAAACAGCCAACGAGGAGCUGGAAGUGCGGAAGGAAGAGGUGCUCAUCCUGAGGACACAGAUCAUGAAGGCAGCUCAGCAAAAAGAACCGGGGAAAAAGAUGGAGAGUGUCACCACCAGUGUCAGCUGGCCCAACAGUGACAAGCAUGUUGAUCAGGACGAUGCAGCUGAAGCCUACCGUGGCAUGUGUGAGACCAACCGGUUACUGGAAGCACAGCUCCAGGAUCAGAGGAGAGAGUAUGAGGAGGAGGUAGAAGCUCUGAAAAAACAGGUGGAUGCGAUGCAAGAAGAGCUGGAGAAACAGCAGCAAGCUUUCCUGCAGACCAUGCCUCUGCCUCCAGAGGUCCAGGUGGAGAUUGGAAUUCAGCAAGAAAUUACACGUCUCACCAAUGAAAAUCUGGAUCUUAAGGAAUUGCUAGAGAAGUUGGAAAAGAAUGAAAGGAAGCUGAAGAGGCAGCUGAAGAUUUACAUGAAGGCCCAGGAUUUGGAAGCAUCUCAAGCACUGAUGGGGAGGAAUCAACGUGAGAGUAAAAUGCAAGCUGCUGUUCAGAGGAAGGAGAAAGAUUUUCAGGGCAUGUUGGAAUAUUAUAAAGAAGAUGAGCCACUCCUUAUCCAAAACCUCAUUAUAGAUCUCAAGCCCCAGGCAGUGUCUGCCACCGUUCCCUGCCUUCCUGCCUACAUCCUCUACAUGUGCAUCAGACACAAUGAUUACAUCAACGAUGACCAGAAGAUGCACUCCUUGCUAACCUCCACCAUCAACGGCAUCAAGAAAGUGCUGAAGCAACACAGACGUGACUUCGAGAUGACGUCCUUCUGGCUGGCGAACACGUGUCGCCUCCUGCACUGUCUGAAGCAGUACAGCGGGGACGCGGGUUUCAUGACACAAAACACGCCGAAGCAGAAUGAGCACUGUCUGAAGAACUUUGACCUGACUGAGUACCGCCAGGUACUGAGCCACCUCUCCGUGCAGAUCUACCAGCAGCUCAUUAAGAUAGCAGAGAGCUUACUCCAUCCCGUGAUCGUGUCUGCUGUGUUGGAAAAUGAGAGUAUCCAGGGGCUGUCUGGUGUCAAACCGAUGGGCUACAGGAAUCGCUACUCCAGCAUGGCAGACGGUGAAAAGUCCUACACCUUAGAUGAAAUCAUUUGCCAGCUGAACACGUUCCACAGCAUCAUGUGUGACCACGGUCUGGACCCAGAGAUUGUGCAGCAGGUCUUCAAACAGCUCUUCUACAUGAUUAAUGCGGUCACCUUUAACAACCUCCUGCUGAGGAAGGAUGUCUGCUCGUGGAGCACAGGCGUGCAGCUAAGGUUCAACAUAAAUCAGCUGGAGGAAUGGCUGCGUGGGAAGAAUCUGCAGCAGAGUGGAGCAGCACAAACUUUGGAGCCCUUGAUUCAGGCAGCACAGCUUCUGCAGCUGAAGAAGAAAACCUCGCAAGAUGCCGAGGCCAUCUGCUCCUUGUGCACAUCGCUCACAACCCAGCAGAUUGUAAAGUUACUCAAUCUCUACACUCCCGUGAAUGAGUUUGAAGAACGUGUUACAGUGGCUUUCAUACGAGACAUACAGACGCACUUGCAAGACCGAAAUGAGCCUCCACAGCUGCUGUUAGACUUCAAGCACAUAUUCCCUGUUUUGUUCCCGUUCAACCCAUCUUCCAUAACCAUGGACUCCAUUCAUCUCCCUGCUUCUCUCAACCUGGAGUUUCUCAAUAAAGUCUGAAGGAUGUCUAAUUAAGCCCACCUCUCCUACCCAGAGACCUCCAGUGAAGAAAGAAAAGCCAUGAAAGGCACUGAAGGAGCUCAUUAAAAAUGGACCAAACAGGUUUCUGAAAGAACCAAUGCACAGUAAUAAAUGGAUGCUAAAGUGUACAGUAGGAAAAGGAGAUUAAUCUGUAUGUGAUUUAUCUUUCUUUUGGAGGUGGGGGGGUGGUAAUUUGCAGUUAAGAUUGAGGACAUUUGAAAUGUUAGAUUUAUGUUUUACUGCUUGAUUUUAUGUUGACAUGGGUCAGAGCCUAUAAUAAUCUCCAAAGGCCACUAUCAAAAACAACAGUGAGUGGGAGAAAACUUAACUUGGAUCUUCAUAGGUGUCUGUGAAGAAAUGACAAACUAAAACUGAAAUCUGAGACACUUAUGCUGUCUGGAAGGAUGUGUUGGUUUUGCUGAGAGGUGGCUUUGUUUGUGUUCAUCAGUAUCAUGCAGCUCCUUCUCAUAUCACAAUAGUGAGCUGAGGAAGUAAACUGUAGAAGGUACAAAAGCAGGAAUGUAUCACACUGUUUAAGGCAACGAGCUUGGAUGCUACUUUUUCCCACCGAUACAGAAUUUGUCACGAAUUCUGUGUGUGAGAAAAGCUGUUGCUUCUCCUAACUCCAUCCAGUGCUUCAUGGUAAUUCAAAUCAAGUGGUCUGGGCUUUUUUCAGUUACUAAAUUGAGGUGAGUGACUUGCAAAGGUGUUGUCCUAGUGAAAUAAUCUUGAUUGUGCCUCUAGUGUAAAUGAGCAGCAUCCCGUUGGCUUUCCUGGGCUUUUAAAAGUCAAACCCUCUCAUGCAGUGGCUUUCAAGGUUCUUGAACCUCCUAUAUUGCCUGUCUCAGAAUCUCAUGCAUAGGAAAGACAUGACAAGACAGUCCAGUUUAAUACUGGGACCUCUAUCUUACUUAGGUCCAAUGGGUUAAUCCAGGCCAUAGCAGUCUAUUUUCAGUUCAACAGGCAUCUGAAAUGUAACCAGUGGUGCCAAUCAAGGGUUUAGAUGAAUAAAGAACACUUAGAAAAGAACAGGAAGGAAUGAACACAAGAAAUUGCAAGGUGGUGUGUUAGUACCUAAGGCAUUUCUUCAAAAGCGAACCCAAACUCUUAAUCUACUGCUACCUUAAAAGAAAAGUUGCAAUCAAUUCUGAAUCCAGUAGGAUUUUUAAAGUAAAUUAAAGCCAACUCACACUCUGACCUCACCAGGCAGAUGGUGAAAGAGGACAGCUACUCACAAAAGCAGCCUUUGGUUUUUUUUCCAGUGCAUAUCAGGAUCUGUUGAAUUGCAGAGCCAAUCUCCCUGCUAAGAAAGGGAAGAGGGGGGGUUCCCAAAGCUUGGGGGAUGCUCUGCAAGGAUCCUGAUGGUGAUGCUUCUGCCAUGGGUUGGUGUACCAGAAUGCAGUGAGGAUGUCUGGCAGCAGUGAGAGCCCCACUUGUCCCACGAGCAUUUCACCCUUCCCGUUUCUGCAACAGUCUUGACAAAACAGAUCUUAAUGUUCCUGCUUUUGGGGUGGCAGUUCCCAAAAGCUCAGCAGUUCCAUGAUGAUUUAAGAGCUUUUAGAAAUCAUCUGAAUAUGUUUUAAGUGGUAUAAAUCAUACCCUAACAGUAAAUUUAUGAUCAGGUACCCUGUCUCCUCAGAGGAUUAAAAUAGAAUGUGAAGUGUCUGGAAGAUACCCCAAACCCCGCCAUGCUGCAGUCACCUUUUUAAGCUAAGCAGUGUGUUUUGAUUUCUAAAUCAUGUAUAUAAUCUAUGUAAAUACAACCUGUAAUAGUCCUGUCUGUACUAUAUCUGUAUAUUACGAUCCAAAAAGCACAUUUUUAAAGAGAAAGUCACGUGCUGUGAAGAAUGACAUUAGUCUGUGCUGGUGGGUAAAUAACCUGGAUUCAGGUGGAUGAUGGUUUCAUGCAGCUGUUACCAGUGAAGGACACACUGAAGGCCAUUGCCAAGGGACAAGUUUUUCCCUUAACCAUCACCCAACCAAUUCUAGAUGAAAAUUUAUUGCUUGUAUAGUACUAGCACUACCUCCAAACAACAGUCCUGCAGCAUUUGCAUCUACUGCUUACAUUCAGUAGUGCCUUCAUCUCCCCUUUGCCUACGGCCGGGAUAACGCUGCCGUGGCGCUGGCUGGGCCCAGUAAACACACACUCUUCUGUCACUUGCUCAGCUCAUGCUUUUAUUUAUUGUACCUACCUCUCGUGACAUCUUGCAAAGGAAUGUUUUUUGCAGUGCUCUGACUUUUAAGUGUGUCUUACCCCUUGUUUCCACAUGACAGUAGUCAGCUCAGAAACUCAUAAUCCAAACCAGAACUCUUUCUUUAGCACUUCUCAGAAUUCACCUUAGGACAGCACUUCCAGGCUCUUCAGGGCUUUACCUUGCCCUGAUCUAAAUUACCCCGAGUACAGUUCCCAACGGACUGAUCAAAGCAAUGCUUAUCAUUCAGACUAAAUGUCAGGUUGCUGCAGGAUCCUCUUCCACGACGACUUUGUUCCCGGUUGCAAUUGUAAAAUGCAGUUAAUGGUCUUUUAGGGGGAUAAUAGUCCUUCACAGGUGUUUUCAGGAUUAUAAUUUAUCUGUACAACGAGACACUUUCUCUAAGAACUCUUGGUACAUAUAGAUGUGAACUGGUGUUUAAUGUCUUGAUCUGCCGUGGUGUAGUUGAGAUCUGCCUGCAGUGGGACUCUGUACAAAAUACCUUUCAUAUCUGUGAUCGUUUCCUUUGGCAACUUUUCAGGCUUUGGUUUGUAAACGUUGGUGGUGUUAAACUGCUACGUUUGGAGCUUGCCUUCCUUUCCUCAGGCUGGCGCUGCUGUGGUUAAAAAGCAGAUUGAACACAAAGCUGGCUCUUUCCCCGGGUCUCUGUUUUCUAAGUACCGAUUCUGAGCGUUUUCCCACUGUGUGCCUUUAGCUGUUACUAAUGUAACUGACUUCCCAGACGCCGUUUCUCCGAAACAAGGGUUAAAAAAAACCAGAAGAAAAACCAAAAAAAACCACCCCCAAGCACUGUCUGUUGUCAUUUGGAAGUGUGCUUAUAAAAACCUCACUCUGAGGAGGUCUGCAAAACCACUUCGAAGCACCUCAGGGGAAAAAAAACAACAUUGACCCACACCGAUUUCCAGUGAUUUCCAGAAAAGCGCUAUUAGGAUUUAAAACCAAACCGCAACAAGCCACCCAAAAAUGAAAUAAGGAACCAAGUCCACCUGCAAAUCACACAAACCACUACGCAACCAAUGCUUCAAGAGCAUGUGCUGCCUGACCUAUGAGAAGCAUCCAGAGAAACACACGCACUUUGUUUUACCAGACAACCUUGCUUGGUUAUUUCCACCCCCCCCCCCCCGCCCCGCCACCUCUUCCCAUUUUGUAGCUGAGGUUGCUUAUCUUUCAGCUGGUGAAGCUGAGGAAGUAGUUGACUGUAGGAAAGAACAUGCCUGAAUUUACACAAGCCUACGCUGUAAACUGCUUGUGCAGCUUAUUCCCCCCCAUAUCUUAGAAGGACUUUUUUGUCAGGGUGAAAUGGAAAAGAAGGGUGGGCACGUGGCAGAGCUGAAGCAUCGUGGCUGCCUCUCCUGAUACUGCAACUUAAAAAACACCUGCAAUCACACCACCACCGAAAGUCUUUGCAAGACCUGAGCCUCCGGUUGGGCCGUUUGCAAAAGGCACAAGUGGCAAAGAUGCGCUUGAAACAACAGGUCAUUUUCCUCCAUUUUCAAUGGCAAACGAAGCUUUGCAAACCCGAGACUGUGUUUAACUGAGACAUCAGCGUUUUUGACAUUGCAUAUAAACGUAACGUUAAUGAACUGCAUGAGAUGCCGUGAAGCUUUGUCCUCCAGCUUUAUUGAGUCACAUCUGUAUUACAGUCAUAAAUGGAUUAGUUUAUGGGGUUUUUUUCCCUGGUAGAAGCUCUGUCUUAGCGAUGUCGACAUUAAGUAAAACAACCCAGAGAUUCUGUUCUCCAAUGAGUGUACAAACGAUUUUAAAACGUUAGUGCCAGUGGACAAAGUCUUUAAAAAUUAAGCUGAAAUUAGAAGACAACGGCUUAUCAAACAAACAAAGCUACUACAGUGCAAUGUCUAUUUUGUUUGGGGAUAUUUCUGAGGGGAUAUGAAGUCUCAUUACCUUAAAAAGCAGAAAGUAUAGCUGCUCGUGAUGUUGAAUAAUAUACAUGAGUGAGUACUGUAGAUGAAAUACUACUGCUUAUGAAAUAUUUUUCCAUUUUGAACAAAUCUGUAAACUACACCUUUGUUUAUAGGAAAAGAAAUGCUUGUAAUAGUCCCUGUAAUAUUCAGCGGUGGGUAAAAAGAAAUAAUUUGUGAA